UCCCCAAGAGGAGCAGGGGGCGGUGCCUCGGGCGGCAUUGGUUUGGGGGCGGAUCCAGGGCUCAUAAAGGGAAGGAGGCGAGGCAGAGGGAGAGUCAGCAGCGCCGAGAUGGCUGUGGAAAGCGCCCGCGGAUGCGCCUUAGUCCUCAUCCGAUCACUGGUCUCUGUAGGAACAUCUAUGGGAUCAGUCACAAGACAGGCCUUGCUUGCUCCUCUUUCCCCUGCCGCUCGGCCCUACCGUCUUUGUAAUUGCGAGAGAAACAAUCGGAGAGGAGUUGUAGCAAGCAGUCUACAGGAACUUAUCAGUAAGACCUUGGAUGCCUUAAUGAUUACUGCUGGUCUGAUAACACUGGUCUUGGAAGAAGAUGGCACAGUAGUUGAUACAGAAGACUUUUUCCAGUCCCUACCAGACAACACACAUUUCAUGGUUUUAGAGAAGGGGCAGAAAUGGAAGCUGGGACCAAGCUAUGAUAUUGCAAGAGUACAGCAACAAAAGAAAAUGGGGGUUGCAAAUAUCACCUUAGACUUGUACAAACUGAAUCCUAAGGACUUCAUUGGAUGCCUAAAUAUCAAAGCUACGUUCUAUGAAAUGUAUUCUGUGUCCUAUGACAUCAAAUGUAUGGGAGCAAAGACUGUUCUAAUGAGAAUGCUUCGGUUUUUAUCGCAUAUUGCACAAGUGACAGGACAACUACUUCUCUACACGGGAACAUACGUACUGCAAGCCAUAGGUGACUGUGAUGAUGACCAGCUUACAAGAACAAAGCGCUAAUGAAAACAAGCAUUGAACCUUAUGAUAUUGGUUCUGCAUGUGAUACUUUAAGCAUUUUUUUGUGUGGAGAGGGAAGAAUUAUAGCUUAAUGUGUUAAACGUGUUAACACUGAAGUUACCAAAGGGUAACUCAACUAUCUUUCCUCUCUAGUAUUUUGGUUUUUAUUUAAGAUAAUGAUGAUGUCAUAACAGUAUAUGUGAUCGGAGUCUUUUUUUUUUUUAAUGCGGCAAAAGGGAUGGUAUUUAAGGAGAGAAAUUCUUGUGCCAAAUUGUUCAGCAAGAGGUCACACACAUGGCAAGGGGGGCACUUACUAGCUUGUGUCAACUAUAUUGUUUUUCUUCAUUGAUAGCCAUGUAGUGUAUUUGGAUUGAGAUGUGUGACUUUUUGUAGAAGCUUAACACUAAACUUUGGCUGCCACUUCAAGCUGUCUCACUUUUGCUAGCUUGUAAAUAAAUAUCAGUAUUAACUUCCAGUGUUAAAAGAUAGAGUGUUAAUGCCUUAUUUUGAAACCUUUCUGCUCGGUAAGCCAUCUGACCUUACCUUAAAAGUUCAAAGUUGGUUGAGAUCUUGGCAAAUCUGAAGGUCAACUUGGUUUCAACAGGAGAGCUCAUUGUCUAGCUUGGAUUUACCUGAAUGAGUCAACACAAGCUAUUGAGUCUUGACAUGUCUUAUGAUUAUAUAAGAGUGUUCACGUCCCCUUCCAUGAACAGCUUUGCCAAUAUAAGCAUGGGAGGCAAAGCACAGGGAAAAUAAAAGGUACAGUGUUUUGGGGAACCAGCGACUUUCCAUUUGGAAAGAAAGCAAGAAAUGUUCUGUUGCCAUUUUUAAUUUGGAAGGCUGGAGUCUCCCACUUUGGUGAAGGGGAAUAUCACGAAAAAGUGUUUCAGAGUGAGUGCACUAAUCCACUUCACACUACCUUUGAUUCAAUAUGCUUUGCACCAAGAUAAGAUGAGGCAACUAUCAAGAGUUGUGGUUCUACACUGGACUGCCACAAGAUGCCCUCUCAAGAUGCCCUUUUUUCCUUAAAUUGAGGAGGCAGAGUUAGUUGGGUGCUAUCCAUCCUUCCAUUUAAGAAAAGUUACCAUGACAACUCUGUUUAACAGGCUGGAAAUAAAGGGCCCAGAGUGACUUCAAGGCAUACAAAUAGCAGUUUGAAAGUAAACAAAAUACAUUAUAAUAUCUGGAAUGGUUUUUGAAAGGAUCAUAGGUGGAAUCUCAAGGAGCAGAGAAGGCUAGCAAGGGAAACAGAGGUUGGGACCCACCACAGCCUAUGCAUUUAGUCAUAUCUAUGUGUUUCAUAACUUGAUGAACAUCUUCAAAGAGAUGAAAUCUAUAGAAUUCUUCUAUGGAAGAGAUAAGAAAAACCAGUGUCAGUUUUAGGUGUGAUUAUUUUAUGCUACGCUGUCUAAGGUAUCAGUGUUAAUUCUUCUGUACAAUUUUUUUUUUGGAAAAGUGCAACACAUAUUUUCAAGAAAGGUGUGAUAGGGAAAGAGCAUUGGCCUAUUGAUGAAGCUAUUAUCUGGCCAUGUAAAUCAGAGAAAUUAACUUGUUACUUAGCUGGGGAAAGAAAAAGCCUUACAGCUGAGUAAGAGAAAACGUUCUAAAUGCUGACAUCUAUGGCCUAAACUAGCAUAAGUGCAAUGCCUUGGUUGUAUUUAUACUACUCUUUUCUAAGGAACUAAAGUGAAAUGCGUGUGUGUUCCAGACAUCUUUCCAUCAUGGACCUGCCCAGUUGCAGACUUGUUUUGCUUCAAGCAUGUUUUUGUGUUAUGUUUUUCGAAGGUGCUUUGAGGUCAAGGGAAGAUCUUUACUUCUGAAUUACCAGAAGUUCAAGUGUAAGCAUGUAAACCUCAAAGCUAAACCUUCUGUAGAACAAAACCUGUGCAUUGCACAAUUUCUUUGCAGUAAGGAAAAAGUUUUAUAGAGAAAAAGUGGCUACUAAAAUCGCACAAAGGCCAUUCUGAGUGGUGAGAGUGAAUGUGAUUCUCCAUUCUUCUUGUUGUACAAUAAACUGGGACAGCAAAUGGACAACCGUACAUGACCUGAACCUUCCUGAAUGAAAUGCUUAUUAAAUUAUUUGUCUCAGA